GAGAAAACGCUUCGCAAGAUGUUUGCGCGUUUUUAGCGCGGCUGUAAUGUGGGACAGAGCCGCAGACGUCCCUGGGAACAGUAAAAAAAAAGUAGAAGCAUGUAAUAUUAAUGGAUCCAGAGUUGUGCGGGUGCCUUGGGUAAACGAAGUCGAUUGACGCGCGCGUUAAACCAGCCGCAUGUGAUUUCCAGCUUCAGUCAUUUUGGCAGCACGAUGCGAGAGAGAGACAGGCACGGAGCUGUGAAACCGGACCCUCUGCCAGAGAUGUCGACGGAGAGGAAUCCCUGAAACAACCGCUGCCCAGGAAAUAUGGACAAAUCUUGUUUUGUGAGCGAGUGCGGGCUGUUUUUCUCUCGGUUUUCUGCACAUCGCUACAGAGUAUAGUGGACCAGGAUGCCGUGUGGGCGAUGCUGCCACAAGGGAUACAUUGUCAUUUAGCAGAGAUGUUUUAGCAACCGUUGCAUAAAUUAAAAUAAGAAAGCCCGUCACAUGAGGGAUUGGAGUCCAAAGGGAUCUAAUAAGACAUCACCACCUGUUACUAGAAAAUCAGCCUGGCCACCGAUCAGGGAGUGAAACCUCACUACGCGAUAGCCUCAUUCUGCUCUUCAACACUCACAGCCGGCCAGGAGAGGUGACAGCGCAGCUCUCCAACCACCCAAGUCCUGACAGCCAUGAUUCGGGGAGGCCCUCUGCUACAGCUCAGAUCAGGGAUCAACUCACCGCUUGAUGGCUAGAUCUCACCGUACAAAGAGCUGGGGGCCUUUCUGCUGAGUAUCCCUCACUGCGUAGUAGCACAUGGAUUUCAAGACUUCAAAUGAAGAGACAAAGACUGGGAUUUAUUUGAUGCAAGAAGGUAAUGAGGAGCCGUUUAAUAUUCGACUACACUUGGCCAAAGAUAUUCUGACCAUUCAAGAACAAGAUGUCAUCUGCGUGUCGGGAGAGCCUUUUUAUUCAAGUGAGAGGACUGUAACGAUCAGGAGGCAGACAAUUGGAGGGUUUGGCCUGAGCAUCAAGGGCGGAGCAGAGCAUAAAAUCCCUGUUGUGAUAUCUAAAAUAUCAAAGGAACAAAAAGCUGAACUCUCUGGGCUGCUUUUCAUCGGAGACGGCAUCCUUCAGAUAAAUGGAAUAAACGUUAGAAGUUAUCGCCACGAGGAAGUGGUCCAGGUUUUGAGAAAUGCUGGUGAAGAAGUGACACUCACUGUCUCUUUCUUGAAGAAGACUCCAGCGUUUCUGAAGCUGCCCCUGUGUGAAGACUGCACAUGCAUCCCCAGUGACCAGAGUAGUGGGACCUCCUCUCCUCUGUGCGAUAGCGGCCUGCACUUGAACUACCAUCCUAACAACACGGACACGCUGUCCUGCUCAUCCUGGCCCACGUCCCCGGGGCUCCGCUGGGAGAAGAGAUGGGUGGACCUGCGUCUUAUUCCUCUGCUUCACUCACGGCUGUCGCAGUACAACCCGGGCUCUGACGUCUGCAGGAAAAGUGCUUUCCAGGUCAUAGCUGUGGACGGAGUUUGCAGUGGAGUUGUUCAGUUCCCCAAAGCUGAAGACUGCUUGGACUGGCUUCAGGCACUAGCGAGCAACAUUUCCAGCCUCACCAAGCACAAUGUGAAGAAGAUUAACCGCAAUUUUCCAGUUAACCAGCAGAUUAUCUACAUGGGCUGGGUCGACGAGAAGGAGCAGGACUCCGUUCAGGACCGAAUGUAUUCACCAAAGUUCCUCGCACUGAGGGGCUCCUCACUUUUCAAAUUUGCAGCACCUCCUGUGACCACAUGGGACUGGACCAGAGCAGAGAAAAGCUUUACCGUGUACGAGAUAAUGUGCAAGAUUUUAAAGGACAAUGACCUUCUGGACAAGAGGAGGCACUGCUUCAGCGUCCAGACGGAGACUGGGGAGGACAUGUUCUUCAGCGUGGAACUAGAGUGUGAGCUGCUGAUCUGGGAAAAAGCUUUUCAGAUGGCCACAUUCCUGGAGGUGGAGAGGAUACAGUGUAAAACAUAUGCCUGUAUCAUGGAGAGCCACCUUAUGGGACUAACAGUUGACUUCAGUAUGGGCUUUGUGUGCUUUGAUGCAGCUUCAAAGGCGGUCCUGUGGAGAUACAAAUUCUCUCAACUAAAAGGAUCAUCUGAUGAUGGAAAAAGCAAAAUAAAGUUUUUAUUCCAAAAUCAAGACUCCAAAUCUAUUGAAGCAAAGGAGCUGGAGUUCUCAAACCUCUUCGCCGUGCUUCAUUGUAUUCAUGCUUUUUUUGCUGCCAAAGUCGCUUGCCUGGACCCGAUGUUUGUGGAGAGCCAAGGCACCGCGACUACAACUGGGUUUCCUUCUCUUUCCAGUAUCUCAUGUAAUUCACAGACACCUAAACUCAAAUACGCCACCUGACAGGCGCUGCUCUCCCCAGACCCCUCCUGAAAGGAUGCUGCAUUGAAGUCCUGACUUUGGCCUAAAAAUGGUGGACAGGAGAACGGGAAAAUUGUUGACGUUAUUUGAGAACAGCUGUACACAGCAGUGGAAUAAAAGACCUCUUUAAGAGUGACAUACUUGAUGUCUUGGAAAAACUUUCAGAUUUCAGGAACAACUGUGGACCUAAACAUGAACCUCUAUUUCAACAAACUUUACAUAAUGGACACAAAAUGUGCAAUUCAAAAAUGUUUUUAAGUGGAUUUGUCCUCUUGAUCCUCAGACAUCCUUAUGAUCAACACAUUACAAAGAUAAAUGCAGUUCUUUUCCCAAGGUAGUCUGCUUUUCUAUGUAAUUUUAAUCAACAUUUGGAGAGUUAGAACAAAUCAGAUUUUAGCCUUUUUAUUCCACUUCAGACGGGACAUGACUUGAACUUCUGCGAGGAUUUGUCGGGACACUGGAUAUGAAGACGCUUUCUAUAUUUACAUUUCUU